AAGCAUCUGCUAAAUAGAUGAUACGCCAGUUGUCGUAUGUCUAGUUGUCCUCAGCUUCAGACGAAGGCGAGUUGGCUCUAGGAUCACAUUACUGACUUUGUCAACCAAUAGUCGCUCAUGGGGCCGAAGGCCCUUCAGCUGGCCGCAGCGUUCGUCGUGGUUCAGCUUCUUCUGCCCCAAGCUGACUCUGUACGGACUAAACUUAGGAAACAACGGUCGAAGUCACUGCAAGCUCAACAACCUGCGAACGGUGACUAUCUGUAUGAUUACUAUGAGAAUUACGACGACUACGAUGAAAGAAAUGAAACUAUAACUACAACUACACCACCACCACCAUCUGUUACAUCUAAUACUGCAAGCAGGGGUGGAUUACCGACAGAAACAUUUUAUAGAUCAGCAUUGUCUACAGAUUCACCAGCACAAACGACAAUUCGAUCUUUCAUUCAAGAAGUUCGAGAUGAUCUGCAUACAACUCCAGAAAGAAAUCCAUUACCAACUGAAAUUGUGCCUGGUGAAAGUAAUAUGAUUAAUGCUGUUGCUGUUCCUGGACCAAGAGGAGAACCUGGUAGACCUGGAGACAUUGGUCGUCCGGGAGAUGUUGGAUUUCCAGGACAACCUGGAACUCCGGGAAUUCCAGGACCACCUGGACCGCCAGGACCUAUACCUGAUGUAUCAAUGUAUUAUCAACAAUUAGCUUUAUCUCAAGCAAGUCAAGAUAAAGGUCCAACGGGAGCAGCAGCAUCUUUAUAUAAUCCAGAUGCUUAUUUACAAACACAAGUAGGCCCUGUUGGUCCCCGUGGUCCACCAGGUCCACCUGGACCAUCUGGACCACAAGGCUUUCAAGGAGUACGAGGAGAACCUGGCGAGCCUGGAACUCCGGGUCCUCCAGGUGCCCCAGGCCCAAGAGGAUUACCUGGUCUAACUGGAAAAGAUGGUAAUACCGGUGAAGAUGGAGAACCUGGUCCUCCAGGAUCAGUUGGUCCAGUCGGUCCAAGAGGUCUUCCAGGACUACCUGGUCUUCCUGGUAUGAAAGGACAUCGCGGUUUCCCAGGAUUAGAUGGUGCGAAAGGAGAACAAGGUGUAUCUGGUGAAAAAGGAUCUAUGGGGGCACCUGGACCAAUGGGUCCUAUAGGUCCUAUUGGUCCUGCAGGUCCACGUGGUGAAAGAGGUAGAGAAGGUCCUCCAGGACCUCCGGGAAUUAGAGGAGUAGAUGGAAUUUCUGGUCCGCCUGGACAACCCGGUGCAGUAGGUAAACCAGGUUCUCCUGGUUUUCCGGGUAAUCCAGGUAUAAAAGGAGAUCAAGGAGCACAAGGACCAAAAGGAAGUCAAGGCAUACAAGGCCCUCGAGGUGAAACUGGUCGUCCUGGACAACCUGGUGAAUCAGGACCACAAGGACCUCAAGGAAAAGAUGGAAUACCUGGAGAAAAAGGAAGUACAGGAGCACCUGGUUUAGUUGGUGCCCCAGGUUUUCCUGGAGCUCGAGGACAAGCUGGAAUACCUGGCAAUCCUGGUAUUCCAGGAGCAAAAGGCAUGCCUGGAUUUCCUGGUGAAAGAGGAUUUAAAGGUGACAAUGGAGUUAAGGGUGAUGCAGGAAUUCCAGGUCCGCGUGGAUUACCUGGACCUCCUGGAAAUGAAGGAAAACGAGGAAAAAGAGGAAUGCGCGGACCUAUCGGUACACCCGGUCCAACUGGAGAACGUGGCGCACCAGGAGCACCAGGUCUUCCAGGUCCCGAUGGACCAAUGGGAUCAAAAGGUCAAUCUGGAGAUCGUGGACCCAUUGGUCCAAUAGGACCAAAGGGAGCUAUAGGAGAUCCCGGUCGUCCAGGAUCACCUGGAUUACAGGGUACACGUGGAUUAAUGGGUCGUCCUGGUGCACCUGGAAAGCCAGGUAAUCCAGGAGAACGAGGAAUUCAAGGAGCUGAUGGAAAACCUGGAGAACAAGGUUCACCUGGCUUACAAGGUCUGCCUGGCCCACUAGGUCUUCCAGGAGAAAAAGGAUAUCCAGGUGAGCCUGGAAAAGCUGGUGAACCUGGAAAUCCUGGACCAUCUGGUCCCAGAGGUGACACAGGAAAAGAAGGAGCACCAGGACCACAAGGUUCACCUGGACCAUCAGGAACAGAUGGUGAACGAGGACCUCCAGGAUCCCCAGGUCCUAGAGGUUUUCAGGGUUUUCCAGGUGCAACUGGAAAUGCGGGAACUCCAGGAAAAGAUGGAGAACCAGGUGUUCAAGGACCACCUGGUUCACCAGGUGUACCUGGAAAUAGAGGUGAACGUGGCUUUCCUGGGGAAAGAGGUGCUGCAGGAGGGCCAGGAUUAAUGGGACCAAGAGGAGAACCUGGAGUACAAGGAUUAGAUGGUCCUCCUGGAUUACCUGGAGUUAAAGGAGAUAAAGGAAUUUCAGGACCAUCCGGAUUAGUAGGAUUGCCUGGUUUACGAGGAGCUCCAGGAGAAUCUGGUCCAAAAGGAGAAAGAGGACCUAUUGGACCAGUUGGUCUUGAAGGACCUCCAGGACGAAUUGGAGAACGUGGACCUCAAGGUCAAAUUGGUCCACCAGGACCACCAGGUGAACCAGCAGAACGAGGUGAUCCUGGUUUACCUGGUCUUCCAGGAGAGAUAGGUGCUCCUGGAAAUUCAGGAGAGAGAGGACCUCAAGGACUUCAAGGAUUACAAGGUUUCCCAGGACCUCAAGGACUUAUUGGUUUACCAGGAUUAAAGGGUGAUCGUGGUUAUCCAGGUUUAAAGGGAGAUCAAGGAAAUUCUGGUCCACCUGGUAAUCCAGGUGAAAUUGGACCACAAGGUUCAAUUGGUUUGACUGGAUCUAAAGGAAUACGAGGUGAACCAGGUGCUAGAGGAGAACCUGGUAUUAUAGGACCACCAGGAGUACCGGGAAAUAUUGGUGCACCAGGCCCACCAGGUGCAAUAGGACCGCCAGGAUUAUCUGGAUUGCCAGGUAGUAAGGGUAAUACUGGAGAAGCAGGCCGACCUGGAAAUCCUGGGCCAAUUGGAAAUCCAGGUUUACCUGGUGCAGAUGGAAACAAAGGUGAAAGUGGUUCUCAAGGUCCUCCAGGUAUUCCUGGUCCUCAAGGUCCUCAAGGUUCUCCUGGUGAGAGAGGAUUACCUGGUUUACCAGGUCCUUCUGGACCAAUAGGUGCUAGAGGAAUACGAGGAGCACCUGGUGAAUCUGGUACACCUGGAAAACCAGGACCGGAAGGUCCACCUGGACUUGUAGGACAAAUUGGACCAAUUGGACCACCUGGGCCACCAGGAGAAAUUGGGGCAGAAGGAUCUAGUGGUAAACCAGGACCUCCUGGAAUAGCAGGUCGUCCUGGAGAUAAAGGACCACCUGGAGCAGUAGGCCAAACAGGAUUACCAGGUUCUCCAGGUUUACCUGGACCACCUGGUCAAGCAGGUUCUCCAGGAUCAGCAGGAGAAAGAGGAUCAAAAGGAGAAACAGGACCACAAGGUGUAGAAGGACAGCAAGGACCUAGAGGAAAACCAGGACCUAUUGGAUUACAAGGCCCUAAAGGUGAACGUGGUGAAGAAGGACAAAAAGGUUUAAAAGGUCAUAGAGGAUUUACUGGUUUACAAGGUCUACCUGGACCUACUGGUCCACCAGGAGAGAAAGGAAUACCUGGACUUCCUGGUCUACCUGGUAAAGAUGGCGAACCUGGAUCUAGAGGAAGUCCAGGACGAGAUGGUAAUCCUGGACCAAUUGGAUUAAUUGGCAAUCCAGGACCAAAAGGUCCUCCAGGAGAUGAAGGUCGUCAUGGACCACCAGGUUCACCUGGUCCACCGGGUCCUCCAGGCCCACCUGGUGAACUUGGAUUAGGAUAUGAUGCUGCUUCUUUAGCUGCUCUUCUAGGACAAGGCCAAAUUAAAGGACCAGAUCCAUUAAUUGGUGAUGAACCACCUAGAAUGUUUAGUCAAGACAUGACAGAACAAGAAAGGCAAGAACUAAUUCAAAAAGCAUAUAAACAAUUGAAAUCAUCAUUCCAAAAAUUUAUAAAACCAGAUGGUGAAAAGAAUUCACCAGCCAAAACUUGUAGAGAUCUUUAUAGUGCUUAUCCUAAUAAACUUUCUGGAGAAUACUGGAUUGAUCCCAAUGAAGGUGAUGCAAGAGAUGCAAUUUUAGUGUAUUGUGAUGCCAAAAAACGUGCAACAUGUUUAUUACCAAAUCCAGUACAUUCUCCAGAAAUUAUACAUAUCACUGAUCAACCAGAAACUUGGUUAAGUGAAAUAGAAAAUGGAAUGAAGAUUACAUAUAAAGCAGAUAGUAAUCAAAUUGGUUUUCUGCAACUUCUAUCAAAAAAUGCAUAUCAAAAUAUAACAUAUCACUGUAAAAAUAGUAUAGGCUAUUUUGAUUCUGAAAGGAAAACAUAUAGAAAGGGUAUGAAAUUUUUAACUUGGAAUGAUGCUGAAUUAACACCACGUGGAAAUCAACGUUUAAGAUAUGAAAUGAUAAUUGAUGAAUGUAGAACACACAAUGGAAAAUGGGGCAAGACAAUAAUUUCAUAUCAAACUGAUAAAACUAUAAGAUUGCCUAUUAUAGAUGUGGCCUUACGAGAUAUUGGAAAACCUAAUCAAAGCUUUUAUAUUGAAAUUGGAAAUGUUUGUUAUGAAUAAUAGAUUAAAAUUUUAAAAAUAUUUUUCUAAUACUAUUAUUACAUAAUUA